UUGACAAGCCAAAAGAAGUUGUACGAAAACACAAGAGUACCUUCGACAAGUUUCGGACCUGACACAACUCAUCCAGAAGAAGUAACACUAAAACAAAGACAGGCGGAGCCGCGGAGAAAAUAAAAAGAUAAGACUCUCGGGAACCACUUCCAUGGAGUCUACUACAUUCGCCGCUUCCGCAACACUCGGCCCCAGACACCUCCAUCCUCUAUCGCUCGUUCGCUCUUCUCCGGCCUACCGACCCACCUCGUCGAAUUCGCUUUGCUAUUCCUCCGCGUUGAGAAGCUUGGGAGGAGCUUCUGGUUUGCUGGUGAACGGACGCCGUUUGCAGUGUUUGUCCAGCUCAUCUCCGUCCUUCAGUGGCGGCGGUUCUGGAUUCGGCGGGUUUAGCGGCGGAAGAGGCGGUGGUGGAGGCGGAGGAGGAGGAGGAGGAUCGGAUAGUAGUGAUUCAAAGUCGAAAUUGAGUGCUGGAGCAGGUGAUGGCGUCUCUGUUCCUUCUUCAGACAUCAUUGUUCUCAAUGUCGGAGGGAUGACAUGUGGUGGUUGUUCAGCAAGUGUGAAGAAGAUCCUGGAAAGUCAACCGCAAGUUGCUUCCGCUAGUGUUAAUCUCACCACCGAGACAGCAAUAGUGUGGCCUGUACCUGAAGCCACAAGUUUACCUGAUUGGCAAAAGACUUUAGGCGAGACGCUUGCUAAUCAUCUCACCAACUGUGGUUUUCAGUCUUCUCCUCGAGAUGAAGUUCCUGAAGAUAUUGUUGGAGAGUUUGCACCUUGACAGUAUGAAAUAUUUCACCAGCAGCAAUCACUAACGAUAUGAUGUACUAAGAGCAGUUGCUAGUGAGGCAUGGAUUGUCAACAUAGAUUUCUGGUUCUUGUGGUUCCAUUUAUGAAGAGUUUGUUGUCAGUCUCCUCUGUGAUAUAUUGGUUAUCCUAAGGCCAUGUAUUUAUCUAUAAUGUCUUCCCAUUGAUGACACUCCUUCUCUGGACCAGACAGCAUUAAUGUUGUUUUAUAAUAAAACAAAUUAGUGGUGUCACCUGAGGACCCUCUUUGUUAUCUUAUACUGUUGUUGGUGUUUCUUUAGCUAUCUUCUAUUUUACUUAAUGGGGAUUUGUAAUUUUGAUUGGUGAUAUUUUUAAUAAAGUAGAUGGAAGAGGAGUACAUAUCAAAAAUGGAGGAGAGAAGGCAAAUAUUCUGGUAUUA